AUGAAGCCAAUGCUGUGCGGGUACUUGCUUGUAUCCAUUUUCCCAUUCUGCUCAGCGGAGAUUUACCGGGCAAAGGCCGAGAGAAUCAUGACCGAGACUCCUCUAAUAGACGGACACAACGACCUCCCCUGGCAGCUGCUGAAAAAGUUUAACAACAGGCUAAGCGUGGCACCGGCAAACCUCACCCUGCUGAACGACACCCACACCAACAUCCCCAAGCUGCAGAGUGGGCACGUGGGGGGGCAGUUCUGGGCGGCUUACGUGCCCUGCGAUACCCAGAACAAAGACGCAGUGAAGCGAACGCUGGAGCAGAUCGACGUCAUUCACCGCAUGUGCGAGAAGUACCCCGAGGCCUUUGCAUGUGUCACCAGCAGCACAGGCAUAGAAGACGCCUUCCUAGCAAAGAAGGUUGCCAGCUUGAUUGGCGUGGAGGGCGGCCACUCCCUGGACAGCAGCCUGGGCGCCCUGCGGAUGUUCUACCGGCUGGGGGUGCGCUACAUGACCCUCACCCACAGCUGCAACACCCCCUGGGUGGACAACUGGCUGGUGGACACGGACCAGGAGCAGCCCGUCCACAACGGCCUGUCGCAAUUCGGGAAGCGCGUGGUCUGGGAAAUGAACCGCCUGGGCAUGCUGGUCGACCUGGCCCACGUGUCUGUGCAGACGAUGGAGGACGCCCUGGAGGUUUCCAAAGCUCCUGUUAUAUUCAGCCACUCGUCAGCCUACGAGCUCUGCAGAAACAGGCGCAACGUGCCCGACGACAUCCUCCGCAGGGUGAACCAGAAGGGCGGACUGGUGAUGGUGAACUUCUACAACAUGUACGUGUCCUGCAACGAGGCGGCUGCCAACCUGUCCCAGGUCGCAGAUCACCUGGAUCACAUCAAGAAGGUGGCUGGCUCCGCGGCGGUUGGCUUUGGUGGGGACUACGAUGGCGUGUCCACGGAGACGCUGGCGAGGCCUCCAGGGAGACGCUGGCGAGGCCUCCAGGGGCUGCGGGCUGCUUUGCUGCCCAGAAGCUGGUUGCUGAGCCUUGGAGAGGAACGUUUCCCCCCUCACCAGGCCCCUGUCAGGGCCCCCCCAGCUCUGGAACCAGGCAUGGGGCAGCUCCUGGUGAGGGACAGCCUGUCCCAGGAGCCACCUGACGAUGAGCCGAUUGCGUACGAGGAACUGGAAGGGCAGUGCAGAACCAGCUACGGGUACCCCUCCCGUGCCAGCGCCAGCCCCCCCAGCAUGCUGCCAGCUGCUCUCAUCGUCCCCCUCCUUUACUCCCUCCUCCUGUAG